AUGCCGAUAACAAUUCCAGAAAAACCACUCGAACUUCACUUAAGACGUAAAAUUCUUAUAGCUUAUGAUAAUUCUGAUUAUAGCAAGGCUGUCUUUCAAUAUGCCUUAGAUAAUAUCUUGGUUCCUAACAAAGACCACGUUGCUCUUGCUACUGUUGUUGACGAAGAACAGUCUACCUGGUUAUUGUCUCAUACCUCUAGAGCACAAAACGCUGAAAAUAGGAAAACAAAUAGGCGCUUGUCACUAACUGAACAUUCGGAAGCUUCCGAUAUUUUGAAACCGUUAUCCGAGGACCUAGCGAGCAAAGGGAUAACUUCAAACUUUUAUAUUUUGAAAGGUGAUGCUAAAAUUCAACUGGUUAAACUUUCAGAACACGCGCAUGUAGACUUGGUUAUUGUUGGUACACGUGGUCUUGGUUUAUUUAAACGUAAUUUACUUGGAAGUGUUUCCGAAUACGUUGUACGUCAUGCGGAAUGUUCCGUUCUUGUUGUCAAACAAAAACCUGAGAAACCUAAAAGUCGUCCCAAUUCUCCUUCAGGUGUCAGCCGUUCCACAUCAACUGCAAGAAGAAGUCUUCAAGCUCCAAUUGAUUUAUUCACAUUUUCUUUUGUUAGCUGA